AUGCAAAUCCUUUUAUCCGAAGAAGGAAUAUCUGGGGAAAAGAAAAAACAAAAAAAAAAUAUCACCACAACCCUCUCACCUUCAAUAGGGGAAAAAACAAGACAACAACAAACCCUUGGCCAACACUACUUUACAAUAUCUAUCGGUAAUCAAUAUCAUUUCUUUGUUACAUUAGACAGCUCGAUCAACUAUACUCCCGCAGUCAUGGAUAUCAGCAACGAAGUACGCCCUACGCCCAAUUUGAAACUAAUCAAUACUUCAAGUGGGGUACGAGUAUCUCAAGCUUGUGAUCGAUGUCGAAUAAAAAAAAUCAAAUGUGAUGGAUUAUCACCUUGUCACAAUUGUAAAAAAGCAGAUUUGGAAUGUAAAACUUCGGAUAAAUUAACUCGAAGAGCAUUUCCAAAGGGAUAUACUGAAAAUCUUGAAAAAAAAGUUAAAGCACUAGAGGAAGAAGUUAGGCUUCUACGAGAAAAUCUGGGACAGGGUAUAAGUGGAGUCAAGGAUGUUACUGCAAUACCACAGAAGGGACCAUCUCCUGCCACCAUCCCCACCACAACGACUACAAAUGACAAAGUAUUAUUCCAGACAACAAAUCAAUCUGUACAAAUUAAUAAUCCUAUAGACCAAAUUUUCAAUCUUGAUGAUAGGGGGAUAAUUAUUGGUAAUGACAAUCUCAAUUUUGAGUCACAAUUCAACCACUUGUUGAUAAAUUUGCAUAUGCCGUUUUUGAAAAUAACCAAUAGCCACAAUUACCUUUUAAAUGAUCCAAACAGCUAUUUAUAUGAUCCCUCACAGGCCAAGAGUAAUCAAUUCCAUAACAAGGAUUUGGACCUAGUCUUCAAUCCAUUGACAGGAACCAACCCAAGUGCACCUGACACUGGUGUUAAUGAAUUACCCCAUGACGUUUACGAUUUAUUUAUCAAGUUGAUCAACAAUUUCAAAAAGGUUUUCAAGUCGAAAAAGGAUUUGGAUGCACAGAUAACUCAAUAUUUCUUGAACUACAACAUAUUUAUCCCCAUAUUCGACUACAAUGAGUUUAUUCAAAGUUAUGAUGAUUUUCAUACAAUGUAUCCAUUUAUCUUCACUUAUGAUGAUUCCACUAUCAAUGGGUUUAAUUUGUCCAACACAAGUGAUUAUCAAAUUGUCAACAGGUUUCUUAUGACGAUUAUUCAAACUUAUGCUAUGAUUUUCAUCAACAACCCCACCAUCAAUUUGAAUUUACUAUUGAACCAUUCUGAUCCUCAUUAUUCAGUAAACAGAGACAAGUCAAUAUUGAAAUCAUUAUAUGAUAUACUACCAUAUUUCAAUGGGUUUCAAAUAUCCAUAAGUCAACUCCAAACUUAUUUGUUGUUGCUUUAUUACUCACUCCUUACUAAUAACAAAGAGAAGUCAUUGAUUUUAUCUUCACUCAUAAAUGCCUUUAUUGGUAUACUAGGUAUCAACUUGAAUUCAAAAAACUUGUUUUUCAACGACUUGUCAUUGAAUGUACAACAACGUCGCAAUAGGGUUAAAAUAUUUUGGACUUUUAAAGUAUUGUUGAAAUGUUUUAAUUUGAAAUUUGGAUUCAAACCAAGUCUAAACACCACUGUGAUUAACCCUGUGACUAUUGAUCGAUAUUUCCAAUUGACACCAGAAAAGUUGUCAUCAUUACUUGAAGAUAAUGAUGAUCUUUUCAACACCUUGUUGAAACCAAGUAUUGAGUUUUUGAACUUGAUGAAUAUUAUUAUCCCAUCAUCAUUUUCACCCAAUUAUUAUCAAUAUCUAAAACUUGAUAAAAAGAAGAAGGAAAAAGAGCACCCAAAUAAUUCUCACAAUCACCAUCGAUUGGAUUGGAUCUUGAAUGAAGAUGAUGGAGAUGGUAAUGAUGGUAAUUUGAAUUACAAUUUCAAUCAAUUUUUGACAAUCGAUAAAAAUUUAUCUGAUUGGAGACAGUCACUUAAGAAUAAAGUGUUUUCAUUGGUUCCAUUUAACUUGGAAUUGGGAUUGCCUAAUUUGCUAAACAUCUCACACAAUAAUUUGUAUCACGACAUGACACAAGAACAUUUAAAACAAGAAGUAAUAAUUCAUUAUUAUCAAACAGGUGUACCUGAUAUGUAUACUGCUUCACAAUUGAUUAAGAUUCAACUCAACUUCCAUUACGUCUUAAUCAGAUCAAUGAAUUAUCUUAAUUUCAUUGUUGAUAAAGAGUUGGAUUUUGUGUACUACAAAGAAAUUGCAGUGAUUGCUCUGGAAGUAUUGCAAUAUUUCAAUUUGAUUUUUUAUCAUGUUAGCUUAUCACAAGAGAAACGAAAUGAUCCAAUGGUCAACUCAAACUCUAUUGUUAUGGAAAGCUUAGGGUUGGAUGUUGAUGAAGAUGGAUUUGUCAUUAAUGAUUUUUCCGUUAAACGAAGACGAUCUAACGCUAAACCCAGCGCUGCUAAACGUGUCAUUAAAGAGAUUCCCAUGUCUCCAUUCAACCCAAUGUUGAAUGGAUUAUCAUUAACAGUUAUCAAUUUGAAGAAAAGUAUUGUAUUGCAAAUGUUGUAUUUGCUAAUUUGUCAAAUGAAGUACUUGAAACGGAAUGAGUUGAUCGCAAACAUCGCUGAUUCAGUCAAUCUACUCAACAAUUCAGUGGAUUUAUUCAUUGCCGUUUUCCUCAAUUAUAAGCCCGGCGUCAAUUCGAAAAAGACUAAUGAAGACAUAUUAUUUGAUAAAUUAAUGAAGGAUGAAUUACGAGUUGAGAUUUUACAAUAUCAACAACAACAACAACAACUGCAGAAUGAUGAUACUGAUGAAGAAGAAGACGAAGUUCAUGAACAUGGAGCACAUUCAAGUGGAGGUGCCGCAUACUACAAGAAUAUUGAUUGGGAUAAUGAAAAUUUAGACGAAGAUUUAAAAUAUCUCAAGAUUUGUAAAUUUAUCAAGUACAAAUCACAAUCGAUUUUGGAGCAAUAUAAUGCAUCCAAAUUGAAUCAACAACAACUGAUUAUCAUCCCACCAAAUCCGUAUACGCCAAUAUCUUCUUCGGCUUCAGGAUCGGGAUCAUCUCAUUCAAUGAAGUUUGACAUUGCCAACACUUUCCUUAACAACAACAAUAGCAACAAUAACAACAAUAACAACAAUAACAACAAUAACAAUAAAGAUUUUGGUGCUGCUCAUGAUUUGAUGGAACUAAAGAGAAGCUACUCCAAUAGGAACUUGAACUAUCCCCACAUGCAACGUCAUGAUCAAUCUAUAUAA